AUGGUUAGCCGCUCCCGCUCAAGACCCACGCACGCGGACUGGUCUGCAAGUGCGGUCGCGGCUGGCAGUUCCGCCGUCUCCCUGCGGCGGUACAGUAGUGCUUCCAUUCCACGUCAAACUCCACCCACUUACGUUCUCUGCAAGCCACUGUCCAGUCAAAUUUCAAGGGCGUUGCACCCAAAUUAUGAACUCGCCUCCAUAGCCGAGCUGGCCGACGUGGCGGUGCGGGCUGGCCCUGCGAGAGGAAUGCAGCGCGGCGCAGCGCGGCGCGGCGGCGCCCACCUGCCCAAAUUAAACGCGGUGGCCCCCCCGCCGAGCGCUGUAAAUCCGUCUCUCCGGUCGGCACGCCGCGAGGCGUCUCCGGCGCCACCCCCAGGCGCCAAGUCGCGCCCGACGCCGCCCCCGGGCGCCGAGUCACGCCAGGCGUCACGCGGCGCCGCGGCGACGUCGCGGGCUCGUCCCACGCGGCGGGGGCGGCGUCGCGAUCCGCACGUGUCGGCCUCACGCGUCGCCUGCCUGCCUACUCUGACCCCUUCGCCGCGCCCCGUCCGCUACAGCACGUCAGAGCCGGCCGCUGCCGGUCUGCCUCCUACGGUGCUACCUGCAGCUGGGUGGCGCGGCCGCCAGGUCUCGCUGCCGCCUCAUCCAUCAGCGCCGCAGCGCCGCACAAAUUCCGUCGCCUCCGGGAAGGCGUUCUCAUGCGGCGGACCCCCGCUCUCCCGCGCCGUGCUUCACUCUGCAUUACGCCCGACUUACGCGUGCGUCACAGCACUUUGCGCUGGGUUGGCAAAAUGGGAACACCUUGAAAAUGCAGCCUGA